AUGAGAUCCUUAAGGACGUAUGCAGAAAUGAAGACGGCACUCUCAAGAGAAGCUUAUGUGACAAGGACUGACAGCAAAUUCGUGAGAGCCCAGAUAGCAACCCUGAGGCUGGGAACAUGGAAAUGGAAGACACUAAUGAGUGUAGGAGAUGAGAAGAAUUAUAUCUGUCCCUUCUGUCGGCAAGAAGAGGAUGAAUUACAUCUGCUGCUCCAGUUGGAAAUGGAAGACACUAACGAGUGUAGGAGAUGA